AAUCAACCCUUUACUAGGUCUAGUUUCACUUUACUAUCUGCCAACUGUACAACAAAACACAAAACACAACUCAAUAUGGGAUUAGCUCUACUUUUCGUUUGAUCAGUCGACACUAAACCUGUAAAAUGGUCAGUAAACUAACUAUCCAAGAGGCUAACAAACAUUUGCAUGCUAUGCAUCUUCAUUCUACCUAUUUAGAAAACAGUCUCCAAGAAUGCAGGGAAAUUAUGCAAAAUAAUGAAGAGAGAUACUGUUCCCAAAUACAAAAGCUUCGUAAAGAAAAGGAUGAAAAAAUCAGUGAACUGACAAAUAAGAUGAAAAACACAGAAGUAGAAAAACAUAAACUUGAAGAAAAAUUAAAAGAGAAAGAAAAUGAAGUAAAACUUUUAAAAGGACGUUUAUCAGCAGUCAAACAAAUCUUUCAGUUUUUGCCAGGUUUGAGGAGUUUUCUUGGUGUAAUUGAAAAUGCUAGACAGCUAGUCAAAGAGGAUGGUGCUGAUAAUGAAUUUAUUCCAAAUGACAUUUCAAUAAAAGCAAUGAAUAAGCAGGUACCAUCAAUAGCUAAACAUAACAUUCCAAAUGGCAAAUUGAGAAACUUGUCAAUAUCAGAAGAUUCUGAUGAUGAAGAAAUUACAGGAAUGAACACAGAGACAAAUGCAAAUCCAGACAUGACCGUGAAAUCAGCCAAAGACAACAGGUUAAACGAUUUCAAAACUUCUGAAGUGUAUUUAUAAAAUUGUCCACUCAUCAUUAUUGACUCAUGUUUUGCUGCAUGUUCAUUUAUACAAUUAUACAUGUCCAUGAAUUUACAAUUCAUAUGACACAUUCUUGAUUUAAUUUGCCUUGCUUUUGUUUAUUAGUUUACUGGAAUUCAUUAUUAUCAUGUAUUUUGUGAAACUAUAAUCUCAUAAGGUAUACUUUGAUAUUUUUCUGGUGUUUGCCUUUUUUGCAUAAUAAGUGUACAUGUCUAUUACAUUUUUUUCCAAAGUUUAAAUGAGUGUUCCCACAGUUAAGAUUUAUACAGCAUAUUGAAAAUAGUAAUGAGAAUUAUAGUAGUGCUUGAAACUUUUUUUAAAUGUAAACCUUAAAAAAAUGAAUAUUUAUAGGUUUUUAUUACAUUACAUAGGAAUACAAUUUUAUUGUAAAUCACUUACAAUGAAUGAUGCCACAAGUGAAGUUAGUAAAAUAUAACAAUAAACAUAAGAAUGUUUUUCUUUCUCAAAUAUCAAUUAAUGAAUUAUAUCUGAUUAAGAUAUACAUUGUAGUUUGACCAUUGAAUUUAAUAAAAAAAAAUCAAUAUGUAGGUAAAAGGACUAUUUGUGCUUCUGGUUUGACCUUUAUAGUGAUUAUAUUCCUUAACAAAUCUAAAGAGUUUUUUAAUGAUUGACACAGUACUUAGUGCAUCAAAUAAGAGCAUUGUUAGAUCCUUGUAUGGAAACACAGGCACUUGUCUCAAAAUGUUUAUCCCUAUAUAUACCUUAAUAUAACGUUAUAUUAAGGUAUUUAAGGGGGAAAAAAUCUGAGACAAGUUCCAAGUAUGCAAAGCAAUUUUGACUCCUAAGUGAUUAAUUAAUCUGGAUGGUUUUUAAACUAUCAGAAAAAUUAUGUAACUUUUUUUAUAGAAUUUUCACAAAAUUGAACAGCUAAUUGAACUACAUCCAAUCAUUACAAAUACUGUAAAUUCAGAAAUUAUUGAAAUGUAUUUAUUAUUGGGGAAAAUGUUCCAGGGUAAUAAUCACAAUAACUUAAACUUACUUUUUGAAUUUUCUUAUAGAUUUUUCUCAAUAUUGCAGAAAUUAGACAUGUUAGAAUUGCAUUUUAGUCUACCAAUUGUAAUAAUAAAUGGCACACAAUAAUUUCUGAAUUUUCAGUACUUGUAUAAAUAUUCAUAUAUUCCUUUCAUACUAUGAAGUCAACUCAAACAGGUGCUAAGGGCUGUCUUGAACAAUUAAUUGCACUGAGAUAAGGUGAUGUGAUGGAGAUGUUGAACAUCAAUGAUCAUGAUGAUAGUACUGUUCCUUUGCUUUUUGUGGGUUUUUUUCCCUGUGAUUUUUCUGAUUUUGUGUUGGAUGGAUACCUCAUCCUUCUUCUUUUUUUUUAUUAUUAUUAUUAUAUACUGUAUAAUCUUGUUUAUUAUGCAUUUAUAGUUUAUGCUUUUGAGAAAUGAGAGAUUUUGAAUUUAUUUAAAGUUUAUUGAAUUUGUUCUUGUUAAUUGAUUACAUUGUUUUAUUCAGAAGAAAGGUUGUUUACACAUUAUAAAAUGGGUUGUUACAUAUUUAUUUCAUUGGGUAUUGAUAUACCAUUUUUGACCAGACAAAUUGGAGGUGAAUUUAUUAAUAAUAUGAUAUACAGCAAUUUACAUCUAAAUGUCAUCUUGUAUUGGUUAUUAUACAUGUACCUUUUGAUAAUUAUUUAUAAAAAUAUUAGCAUAU